CACCAUUCUCCUUCGUUCACUCUCCAAAUUCCAAAGUUUCCUCUCUGAAUUCACUCAGCCAGUCGGCCUUCAUGGAGUCAUCGUCUCGGCAGCGGGAGCAGCCGGCGUCUCUUGAAGAUUGCUUGAAGCUAUUGAAAGGCCAAAGAGACGAGGAACGUCUCGCCGGGCUGCUUCUCGUCACCAAAUUAUGCAAAAGCGAUGACCUCGAUUCUCUUAUGACCAUUUAUGACGCCGUCGGUGCGAGCUUUCUGGAACGCCUCCUGAAGACCGGACUGAGUAAAGGUGUGGAUAAUAGCGGUGGAGAAGAUAGUCGAGAUGCGUUUUUGCAGCUAUCGGUUACAGUUCUCGCUGCAUUCUGUCGUGUUCCUCAGAUUGCUGCUUCGGAAGAUAUGGUUUCCAAGAUUCCGAUGAUUCUAGAAGUAAUGUCCAAGGAAUCAGUCUUAUCUGUGCGUGAAGAAUGCUAUGAGUUUCUGUAUUUGGUGUCGGCUGGUUCUCAGAAUGGAGUGACAACAUUGUACCAGUCUGGAGGCAUGAAAGUGCUGGCUUCUGACAUAUCUUCUCUUCCGGAUGGUUCUCAUUCAAUGGAGCUUGCCAUGAAGGUUGUGCAAGUGAUGCUGAGUAAGCUGUCUCUAAGCUUCAUUGAGGUUGACUGUCUAUCAGAGCUGGCAAUCAUAGUGUCCAUAAUGGCUAGGCAAUUUGCUGUUCUACACAAUGCAAUGAAGUUUGAAGCACUUCACCUACUAUCUGCCAUUUUCUCUUCAGAAUAUUUGGCACCUCUUUGCAAUGCUCUCCGUUUGCUUCCAAAUGAGAACUGGUCAAACCAUAUGCGUGCUGGUGUUGUAGCUAUGUUGCAUAACCGAAUAGCCCCUGCUGAAAAAUUCGAGGCCCUUAUUUUGGCUGAGUCUAUGGUUUCUAUAAUGGGUGAGGCAUGGUUGAUUGGUCAGAUAAACUUACCCAAUGUACAAGAUCCUAUUCCACCUGACAGGUGUCUGUUGCUUGUCUUAGAGUCCUCAAGGGUUGAAGUAGCUGUCUUGCUUAAUGACCUAGCCUACACAAAAUAUGAAGCGAGUUCUUCCUCAACUACUGCUGAAACCAUUAUAUCAAAACAGCGGAAUCUGAUUAUUGCCUUUUCAUUGGUGGAGAAUAUAAUCAAAUUGAUAUCAAACAUUGGUGGAACUGAAGGGCAUCCCAUUGAUGAUGGCAGCACUUUUACAAAAGUGAUCAAUGGGCUAAAUGAGACUGUUACAGUGAUCCUAGAGUAUUUACAAGAUGCAAAGGAACAUGGGCAGAAGAAAGGAAAUGAUCUUCUUGCUUCUGUGCGUACUGUUGGGAGCUAUCUUGCAGAAACACCAAUUGCAUGCAAAGAGAAAGUGAGAGAACUGUUAGGGUAUAUGCUUUCAAUUGAAGGCGAAGAGGAAUCAAGCCCUUUUUACUCUAUUUGCUUUCUGCUACCAAUGCUAUGUCAAAUAACAAUGCAGGUUGAGGGUUGUAGGGUUUUGGCUUCUUCUGGCGGGUAUAAAGCUGUUGUGGAUUGCCUUAUAAAGUUGAUUGGGCAGAACAAGCAUGGGGUCGAGGUUGAGGAUGAGGGUUCCAUCUUCUUGGCUUGUGAUACAAUCCUGAAUUUUCUUCUGAAGAGAGAGCAAUUUCAGUUUCCAGAGGAUAAAUCAACAUUUUAUAAUCUGUUGAAGGCAUUGGUUCUUUGGACAGGGGAUACUAAUGAGCCAUCAGUUACCAUGAUGGCUUCAAGCAUUUGCACGUUGAUCUUGGAUUUUACAUCAGAGGAUGCUCUUCUAAAUCAUCUAAACUUUGAUAGUAACUGUCUUAUUAGUCUCUCACGGCUCAUUGCGGGAAGUCUGGCUUCAUGGGGGCAGGAUAUGUCCAAUGAUGUUAAAGCAGAAAUGGAUCUUCUUGAGAUUAUUACUGCAGGAUACUCUCGAUGGGCCCAUCGGUUCCCUCAAAUCAGAGAUGCAGUAGAGCGAUAACUUGAUCAUCUCUGAUGAGUGGCACUUCUAUGUGGAUGUUUUGCCAACUAAAGGUAACUCAGGUAACUCUAGUUAUUUUGUUCUCUAACUGCAUGAACACAUAUUUUUACUUUGUUUUGAAAGCAAAAAUUGUUCCCACCCUUGUGGCCAUAUUCCCAUAUAUCAUCUUAUGUCAGCUUUGAUUCUGCUACCAUUUACCUAAAAUCAAUUUAAUGGAGCACAUGUACUGAGCUAGUGGGUUAAUGUCCCAUCCUUUAUCCCCUCCGACUUGCCUCUGACUAUAUGAGCGUGCUUAUUCUUUACCUU